AUGUACACAAUUAUCCCUAAAGCUUUGAAAAAGGGGGAUACAAUCGCCUUUAUCUCGCCCUCCGCACGCCUGAAUGAUAUCCUAGCCACUCCCCUCUCGCGAGGGAAAGCGUAUUUAGAGUCUCUAGGGUUCCGCGUGCAAAUCAUCUUCACUGGCCUAACAACAACUACGAUUGCAGAAUCUGUUCGCAUUCGAUGCGAGGAGCUCCAUUCCGCGUUCCGCGACAAUACGAUCGCAGCCGUUAUUUGCACCAUUGGCGGCUCUCAUGCCAAUGAAAUGCUGCCUUUUCUCGACUAUUCCCUCAUUCGAUCAAAUCCUAAGGUCUUUGUCGGCUACAGUGACGCCACAUUCCUUCAUUAUGCGAUUCAAUCUCAAACCGGCUUGCGCACAUUCUAUGGACCCAGUGUUCUAACAGAUCUUUCUGAUUUCCCUAAGCCUAUGCAAUUCACAAUCGACCACUUCCUUCAUGUCCUUACUGAGACGGGAAAUCCGGUGGGGACUCUUCCUCGAUCACCUAUCUGCUCGGUAGAGCAUACCGAGUUCCUUUUGAAUGAGGCCGAUAAAGCGCGCGAAGUUGUCGAAUCGCCGUCGUGGCGGUGGCUCCGGAAAGGUCGAGCCACUGGUCGUUUGUAUGGAGGCACUAUAAUUUGUGUUGUGCGACUUCAGGGAACCAACUAUGCUCCCUCCUGGGAAGGUAACAUACUUUUUCUUGAGUCUGCGAUGGGCGAUGAUAUGCAACUUCCGUACUCUGUGUCCCAGUUCCGAAAUAACCUUGUCGAUCUUGCUCUGUCUGGCAUGUUGCACAAAAUUAGUGGGCUGGUUAUUGGGCGAGGAUACAAAUAUGAUGACCGUAUGCAUGAUGAGCUUGCUAGUUUGAUUGAGGAGGUUUUUGAUGUGAUCGUCGGUCGUGAGGAGGAGCUGCCGAUUUUGAUGAACGUCGACUUUGGCCACACAAGUCCAUUCCUAACUUUACCCAUUGGCGCCCUCGUCGGACUAGACUCUGAAAUUGAUGAGUUUAAAGUCAUGGAGCCUGGAGUGCAGGCUUGA